CUCGUCUGGGGCCGCAGCGCGCGCGCCUCUCCCCGCCGCACGGGACCCACCAUCCACGGACAAGGAGAUCUCUGUUGCAUUAUCACCAGAAGAAGGAGAGAGUCUCUUCAUCAUGAGCGCAAGAAAAGUUUCUGGGGAGAAGACUGGAACUAGAUCUUUCAAAACACAGCAUAUAUGCACUAUGUUAUCCUUGGGAAUGCUUCUCGUACCAGUCACCGGAACAUCAAAACAAAAUGUCCCUAGACUGAAACUCUCCUACAAAGACUUGCUACUUUCCAACAGCUGUGUUCCAUUCUCGGGAUCGGCGGAGGGGCUGGAUUUUCGAACCCUGCUGCUUGAUGAAGAAAGGGGUCGCCUGCUCCUCGGUGCGAAGGACCACAUUUUUCUGCUCAGCUUGGUUGACUUAAACAAAAAUGUAAAGAAGAUAUUUUGGCCUGCAGCAAAAGAGAAGGUGGAUUUAUGUAAACUGGCUGGUAAAGAUGCCCACACAGAGUGUGCCAACUUCAUCAGAGUCCUUCAGCCCUACAACAAGACCCAUGUUUAUGUCUGCGGUACAGGAGCUUUCCACCCGGUCUGUGGCUACAUAGAACUUGGAACACACAAAGAGGAAGUCGCAUUCAGAUUUGAAGCUCAGAACUUGGAGUCUGGCAGAUUGAAAUGUCCUUUUGAUCCUCAACAGCCUUUUGCAUCUGUCAUGGCAGAUGAAUACCUUUACUCUGGAACUGCUUCGGAUUUCCUUGGGAAGGAUACCGCAUUAACACGUUCCCUAGGCUCAACACAAGACCACCAUUAUAUCAGGACUGAUAUUUCUGAACAUUACUGGCUCAGUGGAGCAAAGUUUAUCGGCAUCUUCCCUAUUCCGGAUACAUAUAAUCCAGACGACGACAAAAUCUACUUCUUUUUCCGAGAAGUGUCUCAAGAUAGCAGCACCUCUGACAAAGCGAUCCUUUCCCGAGUUGGUCGAGUCUGUAAGAAUGAUAUGGGAGGUCAACGUAGUCUGAUAAACAAGUGGACAACGUUCCUGAAAGCAAGGCUUGUUUGCUCAAUUCCUGGCCCGGAGGGAGCAGACACACAUUUUGAUGAGCUACAUGAUAUAUUCUUACUUCCGACAGCAAGAGAUGAAAGAAAUCCUAUGGUGUAUGGAGUCUUCACUACUACCAGCUCUGUAUUCAAGGGCUCUGCCAUUUGUAUGUACAGCAUGGCUGACAUCAGAGCAGUUUUCAAUGGACAUUACGCCCAUAAGGAGAGUGUGGACCACCGGUGGGUUCAAUACGAUGGCCGGAUUCCAUACCCCAGGCCUGGUACGUGUCCCAGCAAAACAUAUGACCCAUUGAUCAAGUCCACCAGAGAUUUUCCUGAUGAUGUCAUUAGCUUCAUAAGGCGCCAUCCAGUGAUGCACAGAUCGGUCUAUCCAGUGACUGGAGCACCUGUGUUUACUCAAAUCAAUGUAGACUACAGACUGACUCAGAUUGUGGUGGAUCGUGUCAUGGCUGAAGAUGGCCAGUAUGAUGUCAUGUUCCUAGGGACAGAUAUAGGAACAGUGCUGAAAGUCUUGAGUAUAACUAAGGAGAAAUGGGACAUGGAGGAGGUGAUACUGGAAGAGUUGCAAAUAUUCAAGCAUCCAACACCUAUCUUGACCAUGGAGAUGUCUCCCAAACAGCAACAAUUGUACAUUGGUUCCAGAGACGGAUUGGCUCAACUCUCACUACACAGAUGUCACACGUAUGGGAAGGCUUGUGCUGACUGUUGCCUUGCCAGAGACCCAUACUGCGCUUGGGAUGGAAAUUCAUGCUCCAGAUACACACCGACCUCUAAAAGACGUGCAAGGAGACAAGAUGUCAAAUACGGAGAUCCAGUCACCCAGUGCUGGGAUGUUGAAGACAGCAUUAGUCAUGAAACCACUGAUGAAAAGGUGAUUUUUGGCAUUGAGUUUAAUUCAACAUUCCUGGAAUGUAUUCCAAAGUCCCAGCAAGCUUCCAUUAGGUGGUUUAUUCAGCGCUCCGGAGAAGAGCACCGGGAAGAGCUGAAACCAGAUGAAAGAAUUAUCAAGACAGAAUAUGGACUGUUGAUUCGCAGCUUGCUGAGGAAGGACACUGGAGCAUACUAUUGUAAAGCGCAGGAGCACACAUUUGUCCAAACCAUUGUGAAGUUAAAUCUAAACGUCAUAGAGAAUGGACAGAUGGAAAGCUCUCAGAAAACAGAAGACGAGGAAGGGCGGGUACGGGAUCUCCAAGCUGAGUCGCGGCUGAGGUACAAGGAUUACAUCCAGCUUCUCAGCAGUCCCAGCUUCAGUCUGGAUGAGUACUGUGAGCAGAUGUGGCACCGGGAAAAGAAACGACAACGUAACAAAGGCGGGCCAAAGUGGAAACAUGUCCAGGAGAUGAAGAAGAAACGGAACCGGAGGCACCACCAACCAGCCAGCCAACACACCAGGCCCGUGUCUACAUAGUUUGCGUAUUUUAUUUAAAGAAAGGACAUUUUUGCAAAUGAAAAUACUUUUGUUAGGUUUUGUGGUCUUUCCCUAUUGAUGUUGCUUUUCAAAGAGACCAGUCAAUGCAUAGUCAUUAAUGUAUAUGAGACCCUAUGGAAGAAUACACUAGCAGUUGCGGGGGGUGGGGGCGGGGAAUUCUUCAGGACCUAUUUUCACUCUUUCUAAGGUUUGUACUGUGAUGAAUUUGAUUUGCAUCCCAGGCUCCGAAGAGUUAAUUUAUGUAAUGUAUGAAAUGGCUGUUCUGUUGUUUUCCCUGUAAAAACAUAGCCAUGAGCUUAUUGAACAACUGCUAGGUUCCGGCACAGAGACAACUACAUUUCAAAGUAGGCUGGAUGAACUGGGAGAAUUGACUAUGCAUCUGUUAAAAACAGGAGCUAAAAAAUAGGGCCAAAAACAUUGCCUAGUAAGUUGUAGACCAGGGGCCCAGAACCUCAGGCCCGGGGCGAAAUUGACUGUCUUGGGGUCUCGGUCCAAUCCUCUGGCAUUUCCCAGAAAGCCUCACCUCAUUUACCCAACCAUAAAACACUUGGUUUCCUGUUUUUUCCCAUUCUAAAAAAAAUAAAACGCCUCUCCUAACCCUUAAUUAUUUACCAGCAGUAAGAGCGUGAUUUGCUGAUAGUUUUGGACUCACCCACUAUUGGACCAUGGCCCCUGAGAGCUCUUCCGAAAUUGCAUUUGGGCUAAAGGAGGUCCCACACCCCUGUAGUAGACCUUUGGUAAGACUAUGGAACCUUCCCCCCCCCCCCCCAGUAUGGAAUGCCCCCACCCCUUCCCAACCUGUUACCGCAUUGGGGCUCAUUUCACAAAACUGUAUAUUUGCAUUUCCUGGUCCCAGCAUGGAUAGAGUAGGUGAAACCCUGAAAUGGCUAAUAACACUGAUUUAUGCAUAAAAAGAAAAAGUGAUCCUAGGUUUAUAGGAAGAAAUGUAGAGCUUUAUUUUUUAGGGCGUAAAUAGCAACUAGUUUGAAGGCCAUCUGCUGAGAUGUUGACUCAAAUUGGAACUGCCAGCAAUGAGUAAAAUUUCUAAGGAGCAAGUGGGAGGUGAGCACACAAAUCCUAUUAGUAAGUAAUGGGAUUUCUGCCAGCACCUCUUCUGUCUGUCUCUGACGUUUCCCCUCCCAUCCAUGUCUCAUCUCAUCCCUGCUACUUUAACUUCUUUGCUGCUUUGCAUUUGCUUCUUUGAUUGAAAACUCCCCAACAAAAUUAAAUCCAUGAAGGAAAAACCCCUGAUGGAAGCGAUGUGCUGGCUUGACGUGGUGGACAACAGCCAUUUACUCAGCUGUGUAUUCUUUGUGUAAAGGUCUCGUGUAUUUUAGAUACAGUGGUGCAUUGUGGGAAUUCAUGCUUUAUAUUUUUACUAAAAGAAAAAGAAAACAAAGUCCAUGUGUAAAUAACACGCACGUUAGAGGUGGGCAGCUUUGCAGUUUUAUAAAAUGUUCCAAGUUUCUUCUUGUUGUUGUUGUUGUCAUUGUUGUUGUUUUACUUUGAUGCUGUUUAAUAGAUUUGCAUGUCUACUCAGAAGUAAGUCCCACUGAAUCCAGUAGCCUUUACUCAAGGCAAGGAAUGUAUAGGAUUGCAGCCACGGUCAUCUUGACUGAGUGGGAAUUCUGGGUUGGAUGCCAGUCUGAUUUACAUCAGGUUAACCGUGGGGUUUAGUCGAGCAGCUUCACUGAAGCUGUUUUAUAGCGCCAGAAAUGAGAUCAAACAAGACUAACAUCUCAUCUUGUAAGCUGCACCCUGUUCCUACAAAGGCCGGCCUUCUUACUAGUAAUCCUCCCGUCCUCUGGCCUUCCUUCCCUCCGGCACGCACACCAACAUACCGUUUUACUUUUCACGCCUUUCUGAGUGUGAAAUGACAAAUUAGCUACUUCCUCACAUGGAAGAAGGCUUUGAUGGAUACUGAAAUGACAGACCUUCCUUGUUUCUCAUGCAUUCUACUCAUCUUGGGAGCAAAGUCUGUGGGAAAGCCAUGUAAUUGGUGGACCGCUCAUUAAAGCAAAGCCCCAGUUUGAUUCUCGGCUCUGGAAAAAUCAUCAUUGUUAUCUGAUGUUGCUGUGUAUGUGUACUUACAUUUUUUUCUGAUUAAUAAUUGUACUGUUCUGUUCUGCAUUUGUGUUUGGAUAAAGGGAUACACAUUUGGAAAAUUAAAUGCUCAUGAGCUACACCGCAAAGAAAUAAUCCUAUCAGAGAAUUAAAUCGUGCAGGUGUCCUACUCCAAACUCACCCCAAAUUGAGAUUUGCAAAUAUGCAAAAUAUGCCCCUCCUUAACCUGCACCACUCUAUAAUUUAUGUAGUCUGCUAAAAGGGUUGAUUAUCCAGUAGUGUUUCAAACCGCCAACCCUGUGUGCAUGUUUGAAAUAUUCAAAAUUUCAUUAACAAACCAUUGUGGUCAGUCAGAUGCCAAUUAAAAUAAAUAUCGGGGGGGGGGAUAAAACACUGCAUCCAAGUUGCUAAAGAACAUCAAAAUGGUGAAAAUUCUCAUUUAACAAUGCAAUAAUUAUUUUAUGUUGAUUUAACAAUUAGAGAAAGGAGGGGUUAAGCAUUUGGCAUUGAUUUUCAGUUCAUACUUCCUAGAGUCUUUAAUUGAAGGAAAACAUCUAUGGGUACGAUAGAAGGGGUCCAUGAAACCUCACAGAAAGUAACAUUGGGAACCAUUCCAGAUCCCUAAUAGCAUCCGUGCAAUGUUUAGCUCCGCAAUAUAAGCAGUUUUAAUACAAUUUCAUCUUUUUACAAUCUAUUUUAAUCAAACUGGUGUUGUUGUUGUUUUAAAGGUAUGUAUUAACAAGGAUUUAUUUGACUCCAAUAUCAAAUUAGAAAAUUAGUGCGGGGUGUGUGUGUUUGUUUUUUACAAAGUAGAAGUUAUUUAAAAAAUAAAUAAAUGAAAUGUGGCUA